AUGUCCGACACCAAACUGAUGGAUAUCGAAGCUGGCGGCGAACAGACUCAGUAUGAAGGCAUCCGGCAAUUCAACAACCUCCCACACACCAAGAGCGAGAUGAGAACUACACUCGCCGGCGACCGCAGCGACGCAAAAGCAAAGAGGGAGGACACUAAAUUUGCGCACAAGCUUGAGCUUGGGGAGCGCACUUCUGGCAUAUCCGGAUAUACCAACAGAGGCCCGGUCGAAACCGAAGACGAUGCUGCCAAGUCUAGGAGGGAACAAGGGUAUGGGCCUGGUUCUGGGGUCGGCGCGUAG